AUGAUGACUUUAUCGUCUGGAAGCCUGCAAGUUUCUUUCGCGACGGCAUUCGUGGAUUACCAGAGAGAGAUGGCGUAUGGUCCCAGAAGACGCUGGACGAUAUUUCCACAGCACUCGUCGCCUUGCCUACGCUUCCACGCCAACCACCGACCGAUGCCAGAGGAGGAGGCGUUCGCCGUGCUGGUACAACUCAUGAACGAAUACCGGCUGCGCGAGUUCUACAAGCCCUGCAUGACCGAACUGGGCGUCUGCAUGCACCAACUCGACGGCCUGAUAGCCGAGCACCUGCCGGAGUUGCACACGCAUUUCACCACGCAGGCCUUCGCGCCCAGCCACUACGCGUCCGCGUGGUUCCUCACCCUCUUCGCCACCGCCUUCCCCCUACCCAUGACCACCCGAGUGAUGGAUCUCUUUAUUGCCGAGGCCGUCCAGGAGUUUAUCCUAGCUGAAACCAAACGCAUUUCUUCUGUUUUUCUCUCCACUGUUAACAUGACCCCGUAUGUCGAACUGUCGUUUAUUUCAACGAAGCAGAUUGCCCAAAAUUGGUUUCUCCAGACUGUCAACAUCAGUAAUGCCGAUCGUGAGUCAUGCCAGUCUGAGAUGACUGCUACCACUUCACUGCCCGUCGCCAUGGGCAUGGAAUUCAUCCUGCGUCUUUCAUUAGCCAUUCUGAAGCAAUUCGCCCCACGUCUCCUCACUAUGGACAUGGAGACAAUGAUUUUCGUAAGUUGCUAA